AUGGCUCAAUCAAUAACAGCGCGCGAAUUGCGCAAAUAUUGGACGAAUCAGCAAGAAAUCGCUCUUCUCGACGUGCGCGAAGAAGGACCCUACUCCGAGUCCCAUCCGCUAUGGGCUCUAAGUGUUCCGGUGUCAGAAAUUGAAGUCAAAUUACCUCCAUUAGUCCCCAGACUAUCCGCUCCUAUAGUCGUGUACGACGACGGUGAGAACUAUGUCGAUCGCGCCGCGACCAAAGUCCUCUCUCUGGGGUACCGUAAUGUCUUCAUCUUGGAAGGCGGACUUUCCGCCUACUCUCUCAUGGGAGAAGUCUACCGCGACGUCAACGUUCCAUCCAAAGCAUUCGGCGAGCUAGUCGAAUCCAUCAACCAUACCCCAUCACUGUCCGCACGAGAAGUCAAAAAUGUUCUGGAAAUUGAUAGUAACGUCGUUGUGCUCGAUGCGAGAAGAUUCACAGAAUACAAUACGAUGAGUAUUCCCAAGGGUCGCAGCUGUCCAGGCGGAGAACUGUUGUAUCGCGUCUUCGAGGCUGCGCCCUCUCCCGAGACCACGGUCAUUGUCAAUUGCGCUGGUCGCACGCGGAGUAUCGUUGGCACGCAAUCUUUGAUUAAUUCUGGCAUCCCUAAUAGGGUGGUUGCACUUCGCAACGGGACGAUCGGGUGGACAUUGGAGGGUCUGGAUUUGGAAACUAAAAAGACAGAGCGAGUUCCCGCGCCGUCGGCUGAUGCAUCGCAAAAGGCGCGACGGUAUGCUGAAUCAUGGGCUUCACAUGUCGGGGUCUCUAUUAUCGAUGAUACUCAGCUCCUUCGUUUUACCGAAGAAUCCCAAGACCGGACUCUGUACUUGCUGGAUGUGAGAGAUCCAGAUGAGUAUGCCGCUAGCCAUCCGGCUGGGUUCUCCAAUGCCCCUGGCGGGCAAUUGGUUCAAGCCACCGAUGAGUGGGUUGGUGUCCGAGGUGCUCGCAUCGUUCUUUACGACACGGAUGGUGUUCGUGCGCGUAUGACUGCGAGUUGGCUCGUGCAGCUUGGAUGGGAGGUGCACAUUUUUGACACGCGCUCCAUAGUACCAGACAGUCUCAAAGCGCCUGCAGGUCCGCAGUGGCAUCCCCCUCAAACCGGGGCUAUCACGCUUGACAGUCUCCAAGCUCUCGGGGGAGCCACUGUGAUUGAUCUCGCCCGCAGCCCAGCCUAUCGCAAAGGCCACAUCCCUGGGGCGUGGUUUGCUUCUGGACCCGAACUUGCCAGAGACUUGAAGUCUACCAUCGGUGACAGCCCGAUCGUGUUGACUUCACCAGAUGGCGAAAUCGCUGCUAUCAAUCUUGAAGAAGCGCGGAAAGCAACCUCGCGGAAGGUAUUCUAUUUGGCGGGCGGUACUGCAGCGUGGGUAGCCGCAGGCCUACCCCUCGAGACCGAGUCUCAUCAGCUCUCGGAGCCAAUUGAUGUGUACAAAAGACCAUACGAGGGAACAAGCAACGCACGCAAGGACAUGCAGGGCUAUCUUGACUGGGAGUACGGUCUUGUCGCUCAGCUGGCAAACGAUGGGGUUUCUGGCUUCCACGUUGUUAGAGAUCGUGGGAUUGCUAGCAGCUAG